AUGCAGGAGGAAUGGGCCAUUUGCGACACAGGGAAAGAGCAGUCGCCAGUCGCACUGUCUUAUCGCGAAGCAACCUCGCAAAGUGCCUCCCGACCAACGCUCAAAACUAGUCCGGGCAAAGUCACCGUCCGCAUGCGAGAAGUCAAUCCGUCGGCGGUGAACAGAUCGCUUCUAAUUGAGCCAUACAUCCCACCACCUCCGCCUCUUGUGGGUGAUGCGCCACCCGUUGAUGUGUAUAGGCCGCCUGAGCCUUUAGCAAUCGUCACAAUUCCGGAUGCUGGCACAUACGCGUUUCGGAGCUGUCACUUCCACGUAGGGGGUUCUGAGCAUGUUGUAGAGGGCAAGCGAGGGGAUAUGGAAAUCCACUUCGCCUUUGAAAAGAUUUCGGGGCAAUGGGCCAGGGAGAAACCACUUGCCGCGGUUGAGCAAACCUCCACCGAAACCGUUCCUCCCCCAUUGGAAACCAUAGUUACACCGACUAGAGCAGACGGUUUCCCAGCUCCUCAGGCGCUAGUUGUAGCUAUUAUAUGCGAUCAAGCAGAGAACUCUGAUCUCUGGUUGCAAGAGCUAUUCGAAAACUUUCCUCUCAGUAAGUCUGAGAUUGAGUCUCGCCCAGCUGGCAUCGCCAUGGACUUUGAUUUUAGAGAUAUUCUUCCAGACCUCGAACACACCAGCUUUUUCUCCUACGAUGGUUCGUUUACAAGGCCCCCCGGUACCGAGGGGAUUCGUUGGCUAGUAAUGGGGGAACGAACAAAAGUCGCGAAGCAAGAUUUACAGGAUUUGCUGGCUGCUCAAAAUGGUUCCAAUGUGAGGCCGCUGCAGCCGCUUAAUCAGCGUAAGGUGUUUCGAUUCCCUGCGAUCCCCAACCCGGGCGACUAG